AACAAACUAGAUGUCUUAUAAAGUGGAAAAAUGGAUUAUAAAAUUUUUGCACCAACUUUGUCAUUGUAACUAAACAAGAAAUUUUAAAUGCCCUUGAAAUUAUGUUAGCAUUGCGUUUGAAGGAUGUUCACAGCAAAGAUGGCGGCUAAGAAGUGUCGAAUUAUGGUUUAUUUUUCAAAAGAUUUCGAUGACUGAUGUUCAUCGAAUAUAAAAAUGUUGGUUAAAAUGAUGUGACAGCAUGAAGAAAUCGCAGAACUCCAUAUCAGAUUCCCGAAGCGAGUCUGUUGAAUUAUCUAUAAGGCUCUACAGAGCAAUAGCAGAUGUUAUUCGCCACUUAGACGAUCAGAGAGCCCGAAUAAUAAAUGUUCGUGAUCUGUUCUCUGAAAACAUUGAAUUACAGAGGAUAAAACUUAAAGAUUAUUGUGAAAAACUCAUGUUUAUUGAUCCUGUUGGUUAUGGUAAAAAAGCUGAAGAUCUGCUUUGGAGAAAAGGCUAUUAUGAGGUUUUUGCCACUUCAAAGCGUUUGAAUAAGAAUAAUAAAAUGGACCUACAGGAUGCCAGUUUGAUGCAAUGUCACCUUCAAUCAGGGAUUGGCUACUAUCACCAUUUGAUCAUGAAGAUUCAAUCCUAUUUUAGACUGGAUCUUCGUGGCAUAGUAGACUUCCCCCUGAUUGUUACUGAUUGUGGAUUAAAAAAAGAUAAAAACUUAUGGGGUAAUAAACCAAUUGAAAGUGGCGGUCUCGAAUGGGCACAUCAUGCCCUACAUAGAUGCCUGAUUUAUCUUGGAGACCUUAGCCGCUAUCUCUCUGAAAUUGAAUCAUUCUAUGACCAUAGCUUUGCCCAGCGAUACUAUUCUCAGGCUUUGAAUUGGAGACCUGAAUGUGGGACCCCACAUAAUCAGUUAGGCACUCUUGCUUCAACCCAAAAUUAUAGUCUCGAUGCUGCCUACUACUAUAUGAGAUGUUUGUGCUGUGCUCAGAAAUUUGAUGGUGCUGAGGGAAAUCUUCAGCAUCUGUUUGAAAAUAAUGCUGUUAUAUGGGAGCAAAUGAACCGAAGCCGUGGAAAAGAGAUUACACCUAAUGUGAAGAAGCUUUUAGUUACCUUUAUCCAUAUUUCUUAUAGCAUGUUUUUUGAUAAACAACAUUCUCAGAUUCAGCAGAUGUGUGGUGAUGCCUUAACAAUUCUGGAAAAUUGCAUUGUUGAAAUUGAAUCAAAUCUUAUAACAGUGUACAAUAAGAGCCCUGUUGCUGAACCCACUGUUUUAAACGAUGACAUCCUUUUUAAAAUGCUGAUUAUUUCAUUCAUGUGUAUACAACAGUUGAAAAAUAAGGGUUCCUCUAACACCAUGGGAGGAGUAGCACUUAGUCUUGCAUUGAUGUCUCAGUUGAUAAAUUCUGUUCUGAAACGACUCGAAGCCGUUUUACCACCCAGAUUAGAACCGGUUGAUAAAGGAAAUGGAAAAAAGAAAACGCUCCGUAGAAGAAGGAAGCGUAGAAUCAAUAAUUCUCAUGUUUCAGAUCUUAGUGAAGAUGAAAAUGACUCCGUUUACAGUUUGGACUCUGACAUUAGCGAAGAGGAUCUUAUAUUUGAUUGUCACGAAUCUGAUGAAGAACCAAUACUUAAUGGUAACGGAAUUCAUCUAAAUGGAAUUAAUGAUCAUAGCGAACAUAGCGAUAGUAGUAAAAUCAAAGGGUUCUCUGACUUGACUGAUUCCUCUCAGCCUUGGACUCACUCGUUGGUUUCGCAGAACAAGUCUUUUCAGCACAUUCACAAGCUCUCUAAUCAAGGAUAUAUUCUUCAAACCAUUAAGGUCUGUUGUGAUUGGUUGGUGAGCAACAAUGCCUUUCUCAAGUCCUGUGGGUCCACAACUGGCCCUCUUCUUUCCAGACUUGUUAAUUUUUUAAAUCACCUUUCCGCAGUGCCCAGUAUCGAUGCUUUGAAAGAUCUAUUUGAUGAUUGUAUUUUAACCGAAGAUGAUUUGUGCUCUAUCCCGCUGCCAGAAGAUGUUACGGUGAGAGGGUUGAGUUGUCUGCAAGCGGCCCAUGCUAAAUUGAAUUGGGAUUGCUUAAGGACACGGGCACUUAGACCUGAAGAAGAGACUUACUCACGAAUUUUCAAACUGAUACGUUUUGGAAGUUCCUUGGCAGAUUCAAAGAUUUGUGCUCUCAAUUACGACGCAAGCAGACAGUGGUUUAGUCUUGAAACCAAUGGCAACAAGAAUGGAAAUAAUACUCAAAAAGAAGAAAGGCCACGAGCCCAACCUGAAAGGCUCAAACUGAUGGGUGAAUUAUGGCUGAAGAGCGAGGUAUCGCAGCUUGAAAAUAAAGCUAAGAAAGUUAAUUUGCCGCCAUAUCUGGUUCCAGACACUGAAGUUUUUCUGAAUCAUCCUUCUCUGCUUAAACAGCUCGUUGGCAGCAAAAAGUUUAUUGUUCUAAUACCAUCAAUAGUUGUUUCUGGCUUAGAUGAAUUUAAGGGUUCUUCGGGAAGAGUUAGGGACACCAUACGUUGGCUAGAAAAUCAACUGAGAAUCGGUCACAGAAGUGUCAGAUUGCAACGGUCAAACGAAGCACUCCCUGUUCCCUUCAUAAAAUAUCCGAAAAAGAAAGACAAGGAAGCUUGGGUUUUUCUCCAAAUAGUGGAAUGUUGUAACUACGUAUGCAGCCAGAGUACUGGAGAGAAAAACCCUGAGCUCGUCACUCUUUUGACUGGAUCUAAAACUUACCUCAAUGGUCAAGGAGGAUUCAGCCACAUCGGAGUUGCAAAAUCUGCUGGUAUUAACGUCGAGCAUAUAGAAAGCUUUUAUAGCAAGUGGAAAAGCUGCAUAAAGAGUCAUGGUUGAUGAGCACAAUCUGAGGCCCAGCUAGGGUCGUUGGUCCUGACCAAGAGAGAAGUAGAAAGGGAGAGAGAGUGAGGGAAGAGAGAUAGCCCCGCUCUAGAGGCGGCUUGGGGGGCCCCGCUCAGAGGCACUCGGGGGGCCCGGGGCGCCUGCUCCAUGCUUGGCUAGUUAAUAUCUCGUUUAUCGUUAGACUCUCCUAACAAAAAAAUUUUAUCCAGUUUUAACUACCCAAGGUGUUAACUUAAACAAAAAAAAAACAAAAAAAAAAAACAUCGAAACAAACUAAUAAUAAAACUACGCAUAAAUCUUGUAUGUUGUAAGAUUUUUAAGAUAUAUACGCCUAGAGAUUAAUGGUGUAAGAAAGAUACACAAGUUAUUUUGUUUUUCUAAUGUUUAGCGUUUCUCUCACUCUUUAUUAGCUUAGGGUUAGGGAUUCUUUUAGUUCUUGUUUUCUAUAACCACGCUAUUUUAUGUUUUUUUUUGUUUUAUUUCCAUCUCUUAUUUUUUUUUUCUUCUUUAUCAAAAUUCCUCUGACCCUUAAAGAUUUUGGUUGUUUUGGGAAGAAAAAGUAAAAUGAUAAACUUCUUGACUUCAUUUAAGAAUACAAUCUGUUAUUUUCGAUAUUUUUUUUUUAUUUUAAUUAUUUUUUUUAAUAAAUUUUAAUAUAAUAUAAAACUAAAGUAGUAUUAGUGAUGAUACCUUCUAAGAAGAUAUGAAUUGUAAUCAAUUGUACCCUGCUAUAUUCCCUCUUAUAAAUUUCCUCUUUUAGAUUUUAAGGUUUUUUCUAUGAAAUAAAUUUCAUGGGCUUAUGUAACAUCUUUUGAUUGAGUCCACCUUCUUUAUUAUUAGCUUUAUAGAAAAAAACAAGCUUUCUUGUAAUCGCAAGGUAAGUAAUAUUAUUAACUGAUAAUUUUAUAUAUAUUUUUUUUUGGCCAAAAAUUGGAAAUGUUUAAUUUUUUUCUCCUCCUUAAUAUUCUAUUUAGCUUAAAUUUAUGUCGUUUGGGAUUGGCUUAAAGUUACUAUAUCGUAUUAGUUUUCAAUUUGUAAAUGAAAAGAAAAAAAAAUUAUAUGAUAACCUCUUUAACAUGUGUUUCUAUUUGAUACUAACCCACUUCAUUACAUCCUUUACGAAAUAAUGAAAGCUAUUGUUUUCGUUU